AUGGCUAGUUUUGAUUCUAAGAGGCAGACUCCACCUGUAAUUCCUCCAAACCUUUUAAAUACUGGACCAAGAUCAAAUCCCGAUGGUUCCAUAAAAUCUAAAUCUGAUAUUGAAUCGAUUAUCAAGAAAGCAUCACCGGGUGCCUCAAAUCAAAUUACUAAUGUCAACAAGACAACAAACCUAGCUAACUCUCAGACAAAAUCUAUAAUGAAUGUUAGUGGUACAUCUGGAGCUGUCGUUAGUAACACUCCAGAAAGUGGCUUGAAGAGAGUGGCAACCGUAACAUUCAGUGAUUCCAAAUUGCCAACGGGAACUAAGCCACAGCAACAACAAUCAAGAGAUCUUCAUAAAUCUGGCUCACCAGGAAUAUCAUCACUUGCGAAAGAGACUAUACAAAGUUCGCCUAAGAAUAUAGCUGAAGAAGAGGGAAUUUACACUAGUACUCAUAGUUCUGAACCAGUACCAAGAGUAGAAAAAGAAAACAAAAAGGCGCCCCCAUUAAACAUUCUAAAAUUCCCCUUUGUUAUAGAUGAUGAUGACUCCAAGGACAAACAGCAAGGUUUGAAAGAGACUGAACACCCUCAUUUUUAUGUUGAAGAUCCUUUGCAUACACCAACUUUGCAGACAAAGGCUACGAGCCCAAGACCCUCCAUAGUAACAACGCUACUUCAAUCCACAAAACAAGAAUCUGACAAAAUUUCUGUUCCUUCAAAGGAAAAUUCAGCCCAACAGAGCAUACAGCAACCUGCCCAAAAAAAUCUGGAGGCUGUCUUGGAAAGUUCUACCGCUGCUGCUAGACGUGACAUUGCUCCCAACAUUCCAAAAAGAGAAUCAACUAAAAAUCUAGAUAUAAGACUACCACAAGACGAUGGAAAGCUACAUGUUUUAAUAGGUGCUACUGGUUCUUUGGCGGUUUUCAAAAUCAAAGGCAUGAUUAAGAAACUAGAAGAGAUUUAUGGAAGGGAUAAAAUAUGUAUCCAAGUUAUACUAACGCGAUCUGCAACAAGAUUUUUUGCUAAGAAGUUUUCUAAAAAGGUCAAAUCGCUUGAAAAAGCACAAAGACUGACGUCUGAAUCAUCGGUGGAAUCUUUAAAGAAUCUUGAACUACAACCCCAAUCAGUAUCUUUACAACAGCAGCAAACGUUAUCUAAGCCCUUAGUUACACCCAAUGCUGUGCCACAAAGAGUUCCUAGUAAUUCGUCUGCAUCAAAUACCGCACCUUCUACAGCUACGACAGGCAGUAAUAGGGCUACAAGCAAUCCAUUGCUUUCUCCUCAACUAUGUUCGAUAAAUCAAUUAGAGAUACCUCCACAUAUACAAGUUUGGACAGACCAGGACGAAUGGGAUACGUGGAAACAAAGAACUGACCCAGUAUUGCAUAUUGAACUCAGAAGGUGGGCUGAUAUUCUUGUGGUUGCCCCUCUAACUGCCAACACUUUGGCAAAAAUUUCGUUAGGCCUUUGUGAUAACUUGCUGACCAGUGUAAUAAGAGCCUGGAAUCCAAUGUUCCCUAUUUUCCUAGCACCCUCAAUGGUUUCGUCGACUUACAAUUCCAUAAUGACGAAAAAACAAUUGUCUGUCAUAAAAGAAGAAAUGCCCUGGAUUACUGUGUUUAAACCUUCAGAAAAAGUUAUGAGCAUUAAUGGUAACAUCGGAUUGGGGGGUAUGAUGGAUGCUAACGAGAUUGUGGACAAAGUUGUGAUGGAAUUAGGUGGAUAUCCUGAUGAUGAGGAAGAAGACAAUAACGAUAACGAAGAUAAUGAAGACGAAGAAGAUGAAGAGGAUGAAUGUAAUGAUAACGAUAAGACGAAAGACAACGACGAUGAUGCUAAUGACGACGAGGAAGAAGAAGAAGAUGAAGACGAUGAUGAUGACGACGACGACGACGACGACGAUGAAGAUGAAGAUGAAAUAAAUGAGAAUAUUGAAGGCAUUAGAAAACAACUCAUAUCCAACGAGGUCGAACAAAACCAAUUACUAGGCUAUUCCAAGUCGUCAGUUUAG